UGUGUUUGGUCCCCAGGUGACUGUGGGCCCCUACCCACAUUGACUCGUGCCAUCCCUACUAUCGGUCAGAUGGAGAGUUUCCCUGUUGGCACACCUGUUACCUACAGAUGUAGGAAGGACUUUGUUAAAAUCCCUGGCAUGUCCGACACUGCCCAGUGCCUUCAGAGCUCAGAGUGGUCGCCUCUGCAGGAGUUUUGUGGCCGUAGCUGUGGUGUUCCCACGAGGUUAAAAUUUGCUGCCUUAAGUAGAGAAGAUGAAACGAAGAGUUACUAUCCUAUUGGGAUCAAUGUAACAUACACUUGUCGCCCUGCAUAUCAGAACAUCACUGCACUGCAGCUUGUUAGUACUUGUUUUGAAAAUUUAACAUGGUCAGAAGUCCCCGAGUUGUGUAAAAGGAAAUCGUGUGGUCCUCCAGGAGAGCUACUCAAUGGCAGAGCUGUUCAAGAAACAGAAUUCCUGUUUGGUGACAAAAUACAGUUCGUCUGUGAAGAAGGGUACAAGUUAAUUGGCCGGACUUUCAUCCAAUGUAUAGUAAGUGGAGACAAAGUUGAAUGGAGUAAACUUCCAACUUGCCAAGUGAUGACUUGUUCCACCCCUCCUGACAUUGCCAAUGGAACUCAUGAUGGCAAAGAUGUAGAAAAUCCUGUCAUUAACACAACAGUAACUUACAGAUGUGACCCUGGGUUCCAGCUUGUGGGUGCUUCCUCCAUUCAUUGUAAAACAGAAGAUAAAAAAAGUGGAAACUGGAGUGGACCUGCUCCUGAAUGCAACGGGAAAUCGUGUGGUCUUCCAGGAGAGCUACUCAAUGGCAGAGCUGUUCAAGGAACAAAAUACCUGUUUGGUGACAAAAUACAGUUCGUCUGUGAAGAAGGAUACAAGUUAAUUGGCCAAUCUUUCAUCCAGUGUAUACUUAAGGGAGAUGAAGUUGAAUGGAGUGAACUUCCAACUUGCCAAGAGGUGGCUAAGUUACCAACACAACCCAAACCACAACCCAAAACACAUAGUCAUUCAACAUUCCAAAAGACGCCUGUGACGAUCACUUCCUUUCGUUCUUUCUCAUUCCUUAGAGGGGAUGAGAGUGUAGUAGAGGUGGCUAAGUUACCAACACAACCCAAACCACAACCCAAAACACAUAGUCAUUCAACAUUCCAAAAGACGCCUGUGACCAUCACUUCCUCUCGUUCUUCCUCAUUCCUUAGAGGGGAUCGGAGGGUAGUAGGUAGGUGGGCUCCUCUGCCACGGUUCAGGUUUGUCAUGCCACUGUACAAGGAUCAGAACUAUUGUUUUGAGGAUAACAAGGGAAGUUCUAUUUGCCGACAAAGUUACAUGGGAAUCUCUGGAGUAUUACCCAGCGCCACGUGCUUUAACAACUUUAAAUGGUCAGAAGUCCCAUCAUUAUGUGGAAAGAGAUCCUGGCUAUCCAGGAGAACAAACGCUUGGCAGAGCUGCUGCUAUAGCCGAUUUCCAAUUCGGUGCAAGAGUGUGUUUCACCCAUGAGGAAGGACUCCUGAUAACCCUAAUGGCAUAGAGGGAAGAAGUGUAGAAAGUCUUGCCUCUGCAGAAAUGUAGAUGUGACACUAUCUCUUUCUUUGGACAGACAACUGUUUAUUGUACCAUACAAAAACAAAUAUACUCUGGAGCUGGCCUGCCCCUGAAUCCAAAGAGCUAAAAGUUGUCCAGUGCACAUGGGUGUGUGACCCAAUUGCUGAUGGUGUGACCCCAUGCCCUAUACUUAGGAAACUGGAUUGACUCCAACUGAAUUUUGAUACACACCUAAACCUUUGUUUGAAAUGGAUCUUUUUCUGGCAUAGGUUUUGUUACUGGAUGUUUUCUCCUUUCCCUGCUACUAAUCUUAGGGUCAAAACGCAACCAGGGCAUGUGUACACUAUGGAGAAAAUUGACCCUCCUGGGGUCGAUCUUCUAGCAUUCGAUUUAGCUGGUCUAGUGUAGACCCCUCUCCUCCCAGUCAAAGGCUGACCCCACCAGCGGCCUGUACUCCUCAUUCUGUGAAGAGUGAGGGAAGCAAAUGGGAGCCAAAGCAUUGACGGAAGCCAAUGCUUCCAUUGACUUCCUGCAGUGUAGAUGUUGCUGCAGUGGCUUGGCUUCAGGUAAGCCGAACCCAGUUAUGCAUUUUGUGUAGUUGAAUGGCGUACCUUGAGCCAACCUGCCUAGUUUAGUGUAGACCUAGGCCUAGAAUACUGUGCUGCAAUUCCCCCAAAAUAAACCUUGUUUGACAUUUUUAAAUUGCAGUAGCACCUCAGGGUAACAACCAGGUUGGGACCUUUUAUUCUAGGUGCUAUAUGAAUACUACAGAAAUGACAGACUGUACCCCUAAAGGUCUAUUUGACACAUUAGUCACAUGCACAAACUUUUGAUUUGUGAUGACACUAUUCCAGUGUUACCUAUUUAAUGCUUAUUUGCAGUGGCUGCUGCACCUCCAUGUGGAAGUUGGGAUGGGCUUAGUCAUCUUCUGGUAAACGGGACAGCAUAGCCUUUGUAUAGUGGAGACUAGAAAUGUAAGCGAGAACCCUGAAGACUGCAGGAGAAUGAUGCAAACCUAUUCUGAUGAAGCAAUGACGCUUUUACGAAGGACUUGUCUAAUCAGAACACAUUUGACUUCAUGUCUGAAAUUUGAAAGAGCCUGGAAAAACCUGCCUGCCUUCAAUGUUAGAUUAUCUGGGAGUCCAAUCACAGUUGCCUCAUCAAUCCUGUACUCUUACUACUAGUAUUUGGUAUAAUCUAAGACAAUAAGUGAUGUUUCUGUAGGUAUGGAUUAUUCCUGGCCUCUGUUAACUGAUUAGUUUUUAUAUAAUAUAUAUAUUUCAGUUGACUUUAAUUUUUUUUCUGUGCUGAGAAUAGCCAUUAUCUUGGUAAGGAAAUAAAACCUUUUUGUAAACUUUAA